CCUCCAGGCGCUCUUGGAGCUGAGGGCCGACCCCGCGGCAGCCGACAGCGCAGGGCUCAGCGCGAUGCAGCACGCGCACGUCAGCACCAACCGCGGAGCCGAGGUGGAGGCUAUCCUGCGGAAGGCCCUGCCGAGCCAGCCCGACGGGGCAGCCGCGGGCAGCGCAUCCGCGGGAGCCAACGUGCUGCAAGAGCUCUUCGGCAAGGCGGGCGCUGGCGACAUCGAGACCGCGCUGCGCACCGCCUGCAAGCGAGGGCAGCUGAACUGCGUCGACUCGCUCCUGAAGAUGACGCAGGAUGCGCCGAGCGCGGCGCAGCGCGCCCUCGUGGCGGCGGCCGCCGGAGGCCACGUGGAGGUCUCCUCCUCGCCCGCGCCGCUCUGCCGUCUUCACGGGAGCGAGCAUUGACACAAGCGUUAAACUUCGGAGGCCCGCGCGGACCUCCGAGUUUUCGUGUUUACGUCAUCGUUCGUUCCCCUAAUUCUUCCUUCGGG